AGCUUAUGCAUGAUCUGAGGUGAAUCGUCGCCAUUGAAAGGGCUGUGAUUGUACAGUAGAACAAACAGGAAAGAGAAAUUAACUGCAAAUAUGUGGAUUUAAUGUUUUAUAGAAUAUAUGGAUGUCCGAAAUGGAUAUUUCAUCCAUCGGAUAUCUUUCUGUUUGAUGGAAUUGUAACCAACGGUCACCUCUGAAGGAGACGUGAAGAAAAUAACAGGCAUAACGCAGUGCACUGGUAACAAAUCAUUCUGUCUGGUUUGUGGAAUGCUGUCGUUCAAUAAGUGGUCAUGAUUAAUAUCAAGCAUGACGAGUGAAGUGGAGUUUACGAAUCCUGAAAAGUGGAUGAACAUUUCUUUCAUCAAAGUAAGGAUUUUGACUGGCGUUUCAAUCCAAAAUCUAAGGUCGAUCGAUUUGAUUGAACAUAAUCGUCGACCUUGUUUAGGUUUUGGAAGUAGGUCAGACAACCAAUUAUUCUCGUGUUUAUACGUAUAGCAGGACACGUAAUAGAUAUAUAGUGUGCGGAUUUACUCUGUGAUACAGCGAAGUAGGAUAGUAAUUUAAAGUUUCAGGUAGUGUGUAGAUAACAGUAUUGUUGGAUACAGUAUUAUUGUACAUAUAUGUAUAAGCGUGAUUGAAGUGACAUAAUGAGUUCUUGCUAUUUUGAUUCAUAGUUGUACUUUAAACCUGGACUAGAGCUAAAGAGUUGCUGGUCGGAUUUAAAGUUGUUUGACUCCAGUUUGAUAAAUUGGAAUCAUGAGUAAGACUGUCCCACCCAGUGUAAAUGGAGACAUUUCACAUUCGGAUGAGAAUAUUCCUGAGAUUCAUAGGAAACCACUGAAACAUCAAGGACUGUCAGCUGCAAGCAAAAUCAACAGAAGAGCAAGUAAUGAAAUGGGACAGAGAAAUACACAUCGUAGACUAACUGACAGAACUUUGGGUGAAAGGCAAUCUCCAGAUCAUGUCUCAAAAGUAAGCACAAGGAAUACUCGGUAUGGAGGUCUUGGCAAGCAAAGAAAGUGUACAUCUGAUGAUUGGACAGCCAAGGUUCAAGCAAUAAAUGGGAGUGAGAGAGAGAAAUUUUCACCCUCUGGAAAAUUCAAAAGUGUAGGAAUUAAAAGGGAAAGAGAUAGGUCAGCGAGUAUACCGUCGUGUUCAACAGACAAUGCAAUGUCAGUUUCUCAGAGAGACAAUGAAAAAGAGAAAACUGUUGAUAAUGAUUCCGUUUUCAAAGAUUCCAGCAAAGUAGAUGCUAGUUUAAGUAAUGUUAGUAAUAAUUCUGAUGAUUCAAGACCAGAUCUGAAAAGUGUUCAGAAACCAGGUGGUGAUAAAAUCAAGCACAAAUUUCAUGUCAUUCCAAGAUCAACAAGGAGGUCUGUAACAAUAGAUAAAACAACAACUGUGAUUAGAGCUGAUGGAAACAAGGAGAAAACUUCAGUUCAGAGUUAUGAUGGUUCAUGUUCAACAACUGACAGUGCAUUGGGUAAAAGUGUUGAUUCUAAAGAACCUGAAGGAAUAGAUGACCAAGUUUUGUCGCAGGAGGGAACUUCUGAACUCGAUGGUGCUACGGAGAAAAAAGACACAGACGAUGAUGAAACGGUGAAAAAAGAGGAUGAAAAUGAUGAAAAAGCUGUGGCAACGUCUCCAGAUGGGAGAUUUUUAAAGUUUGAUGUAGAAAUUGGUAGGGGAUCUUUUAAGACUGUUUACAAAGGAUUGGAUACAGAAACCGGUGUGGCUGUUGCCUGGUGUGAACUGCAGGAUAAGAAAUGGAACAAAAGUGAAAGACAGAGAUUUCGUGAAGAAGCAGAAAUGUUGAAAGAACUGCAACACCCCAACAUUGUGAGAUUCUAUGAUUCCUGGGAAGAGCCAAAUAUGAGGAACAGAAAAAUCAUUGUUUUGGUUACAGAGCUAAUGACAUCUGGGACUCUUAAAACUUACAUCAAGAGAUUCAAGAAAAUAAAUGCCAAAGUGUUGAAGAGCUGGUGUAAGCAGAUCUUGAAGGGCCUGUGUUACCUGCACACCAGGGACCCCCCUGUUAUACACAGAGACCUCAAAUGUGACAAUAUCUUCAUCACUGGGACAACGGGCUCGGUCAAGAUUGGGGACCUAGGACUGGCCACACUCAAAAACAAAUCUUUUGCAAAGAGUGUCAUAGGUACGCCAGAGUUCAUGGCCCCGGAAAUGUACGAGGAACAUUACGAUGAAUCGGUUGAUGUUUAUGCAUUUGGGAUGUGCAUGUUGGAAAUGGCGACAUCUGAGUAUCCCUACAAGGAGUGCCAUAAUGCUGCUCAGAUUUAUAGACGAGUAACAACAGGUGUGAGACCUGAGGCCUUUGAUAGGUUGGAGAAUGAAGAAAUCAAAAGAAUUAUUGACAGCUGCAUACAAACAAACAGACAGGACAGACCUUCAGCUAAAACAUUACUGCAGUUGGAUUUCUUUACGGAGGACACUGGUCUUACAGUGGAAGUUGCAAACCGAGACGAGGAAGGAGCUUCCUCAAACAUCAUAGCAAUGCAUCUCCGUGUAGUAGACCCCAAGAAACGCAGGGACAAACACAAGGAAAAUGAGGCCAUACAGUUUGAAUUUGAUCUAGAUAAUGAUCAAGCUGAAGAAGUGGCUGUAGAAAUGGUGAAGUCGGGAUUUUUACUGGAGGAGGAUGUAAAGACCGUCACAAGGCAGAUCAAAGACAGAAUCCAACCAAUCAUAGCCUUGAGGAUAGCGAAAGCUGCCGAGGGCAGUUCAUCAGAGACUGGCCUGGUACCAUCCACCAGCCAAGCUUCUAUACCACAGCAACUACAGGAACAAUCUAGUCAGCCUCAACCACAGCAACAGCAAGGGCAGACAUCACCUGGUCAGAGCGGUGAAGUCCAGACAGCUCAACCACCGCCACCAUCUCAAGUACAGCCACCACCCCCUGAACCCUCCCAGGCUCAGCAGCUCCAGCCGUCAGGCAUUGUGGAGGAUACGCAAGCAUCUAUACCUGGAGGUAUUUCCAAAGAGUUACUGGAGGGUGUUUCAGAUGGAAUUCAGUUUAAAAAGGAGAGAUCUGACAGUGUAUGUUCUACGUCAAGUGUAGGUCCGGGAGUAACACAGAGUGCUAGUCACCAAAAACAAGUAAGUCAGGUGAACAUGCUGAAAGAAGUUCCUUCCCCAAUGUUAAAGAAAGUUGCAAGUGUCCCCACUCGAUUACACAAGCAGGGUACAAGUCUGGAACAGCUGAACAUAGCAGCGGCCCAACUGAGUCAACAGAAACAGCAGCCAGGUACCACUACACCAAAGGCCAGCUCCUCUGUAUCUAGUGGUACCUCCCAGACCAAUCUAGGUUCUAGUCUGUCUUUAAGCAGUGCAAUACCACCAGAAUUACAGGAUCACAGUAAUAGAGAAAGUGAAAAUGAAUCUGUUGCUGCCAAAACUGAAGAGAAGAAAAAGAGAGUGAGAGUCAAAAGAAGAAAGACUUUAGAGAAGAACCCCCGUUUGACGAUCCUUAGUUACGAGAAAGAGGAUGGGGAGGUGGAAUGUAGACUGGAGAUCUCUAAUAAAAACACCAUCACAUUUAAGUUCUCACUGGAGAAUGACAAACCUCAAGAAAUAGCAGAAAGUUUGGUUCAGGAGGACUUGCUCCCAGAGGCUCAAGCAGGCAUGGUGAUUCAGUUAUUAGUUGAAGUGGACCACAUGGUGAAGGAGAACCCAGAGACAGCUGUGUCAUAUAUCCUCAGCUGUAACACAAACACACCAACCUCCAGUCCCUGUACCGUCAGAAAGAUUCGUCCAGCAGCAUUAGAUGCAGAGGCAGCCAAGAGGCUGCACUUCGACACAGAUGGAGACAGUGGACAAGCGUCGGAUGAUAGUAGAAGUGAUAUGGGAGUUCGUGAACUCCUGCUAGAUGGAGUCGAUGGAGUUCAUAUGAGAGAGAAAAAGUCAGAAUCUCGAGUCAUAGAAAGCAAAAAGAGAAGCUUCAUUGUCAGCAAAGUCUUGGAGCCCAGGAUCCUUGAAUCCAAAAUUUCAGAAGAUGAUAAUGAGGAGCAAACGAAUAUUUCUGAUAAUUAUAUUUCCCCUGAGAACACACAUAGUUCUCUGCCAUCGUCAAGUCAAACAACUCAGUACCCUGGAGGUGUGGUUGAUAGUGAUACAGGAACUGGCACUGACUCUGAUAAAUCUGUUUCAAGGAGAGGUACCGUUCCAGUGGAUUUGUUAUCUCUACAGGAGCAACUUCACCAGCUCACCCAUUCUUCUCAGCAACUAGCACAAACAGAUGUUUCCCAAGAAAAAGGAUCAUCUCCUGGUGUUCCAAGUGUCACACCAGUUUCGGAAAAUCAACCGUCUCAAAUUUUGGAUGAUCAGUCUGCUCCUGCAGAGGUUGUUCAUCAAAGACAUGCUAGUGUUGAAAGCUUACAUGGACAACAACCUGUUCAACAGAAAACAACUCAGCCUGCACCUCAGCAGACAAGUCAGACAUCUCAAACACAAAUGGUACCCCAACAACAGCAACAACAGCCAGUGCAACAACAGCCAGUGCAACAACAGCAACAAUCAAAGCCACAACAUCAGCAACAGGCAUUGCUACAACAACAACCUGUGCAACAGCAUCAACAACCAUCUGGCCAACAGCUUGCACAACAUCCACAAGCAGGGCAGCAGCCACUGCAGCAACCUUUACAACACCAACAACCACAAGUGCAACAGACUGUGCAACAACAGCAAGGUCAGCGCAUUCAGCAACAAGUGCCACCAAUUGCUCAGCCACAGCCUCAACAAACACAACAAGAGGAGACAGUGCCAUCAGUUACACAGCAUCAGCUUCCUCCUCCACAAGUCGAACCUCUCUCUAGUAGCCAGUAUAUGGAGCCUGGCCUUAACUCAAGCCAGUCUCUCCCUGCAAAUCUGUCAGGUGUGCCCAUAAGUCAUGCCCAGAACAUUUCUGGACAGCAACAGCCAGUUCCAGCACCAAUGUAUGCCAAAAUGCCCAUGAUGAUUCCUCCUAUGCCUCCAAUGGAUCCCAUGUAUCAGUUACAGAUGCAGUAUUACAAUAACUAUAUUUGGUACAUGUCUUUUCUCCAGCAAGCUCAUUCACAACAGCCACAACAACCACCACAGCCCCCUCAACCGCCACAAAUGUUUAUGCAGCCUAAUCCUAACUGGAUGUUUCCUGGACCGUUUUAUCACACAGUGACAGGGGCAACAACUCAGACACAACAACACCAACAGAUUCCUUCCUCCAUGAUGGCAGAUCAGCCUGUGCCUUCUGGAUCCUCCCAUCCCCCAUCUCCUACUUUAUCUAGGAGACGGGACCCAGAUAGUCAGGGUAAAACGCCCAGUGUUUCUGACCAGCAGGCUGGUGGAUCAAAGAAAUCAGAUGUCACAAAUCUUCAGAAACUGGAUCAGGAACUCAUGAAACUCCGUACAGCUGGAUUAAGGAGGGAGAAAACUGGAGGAGGGGCUGAUGUGUGUCCCUCUGGAAGUGACAGCCAAAGUGCACAAAAUGUAGUUCCAAGUGGAUAUGAAUCAGGGGUAGUAACUCCAAGUGUCUCCCUUGAAAGUUUAAAACAAGGGGAUGUAAAGAAAGUUCCUUCAGAAGUUUCACAAGAGAGUGGUUCAAAGAAGAGAUUUUUAGUAAGUGCCGUAAAAGACGAUCCAUUAAUAAAUAGAUCUAUGUCUGAUGAAGGUGCUUCGACAGCAGGUGAAAAUGAAACUUUGACUGAAGUUUCUGAAGAAGUGAAAGAGACAAUGCAAUACAUGAUGGACAAAGUGUCAGAUGAUAAAGAACAAAAACAUGGGACGACCAAGAAAGGUCGUUUCCAAGUGACAAAAGUUCAAGCCACAACAGAAAAUGUGGCAGUAAGGCCUGAAAACAUUGACAAAGAAAAUGUAUUUGGUGAAGGGGCUAGUGCUGCUAAUCCAGAAUGUGUAUCAUCCCAGCUUGCUAGCAACACUGUAAGUAAACUGCUCACAAAGCUAUCUCCCUAUCCUAAGGUUUUGGAGCCAUCACCUUUGAAAAAUUCUGGUCUUGGAAGAAGUGGUAACUUUCCUGAACUCCCAAAUUUUCACUUUAGUCCAGAACAUACAUUACAUUUCUCAAAUUCAUUGCCCCAGAGACGAAGGUUAAGGUCAACAGGAAGCUAUGAUUUAUCAAAUGAUUGCCAACAAUGUGGUGGGGUUUUCAAAGGUGGUGGUUCUUACCCUGCUAACAAAAAGGUCCAUGGCUUGCAUGUACAUGUGCCUGAAACAAGGUAUGAGUUUUCCUCUGAGGAAGGGUCAGGUGAUGAUGAGUGUAGGGCUGUAGAAACUGGUAGUCAGACCUCUCCAGCCUUGAUGGUUGUUGAUUUCUGGAAGUCACGGGUCCCCCGAUUUCGUAAAAAGCAAUCUCCAAAGACACCAUCAAGGUCAGAAGAUGAAUCGUCUGAGGGAGACACGGAAGUUCUGACAGUGAGGGAGGUGGAUGAGGAGGAGGAGGGGGCUCUAGAAGCUCUGCCUGAGGAGUCUCAGGAGGAAACAGAGCUGGAGGAUGACAAAUCUGGGGCAGAGUCCCAUACCUCAGUGUGGUGGCAGGAUGACCCAGAAUAUCAGGAAAUUCUGAUGAGACAUGAGCAGGAACGAAAGUCAUUGAACUUAAAGCAACAGAGAGAAAUUCAGAAGUUCAUGAAGAAGAAAGGCUUGCCUGUUCCUAUCCCUCCCCCUGCUCCCCCUGCCCCUCUUCAGAUGAGAGGCCCAGGUCCGGCCAGUAUGCUGAGUCCUCAGAUGCAGUCUCUUACCUCUUCUCUACAACAGUUGAGGAAUUUGCACAUCUCGGGAAAACUCAUGCCAAGCCUUACGAAACAACACAAACUUUCCAAUUCAGGAGAUGUGUCAAAAUUAAGUGAUCUGUCAAAAGAUGGUGGUGUUUCUGGGGAGACACCAUCUCGAGAAGCAAAAGAUUCUGACUCAGUUUCGGACACAAGUGAAUUUUCGCAGAGGGAUUCGAGUCAGGGUGAUCAGAAAAGAGAUGGAGAUAUGACUGUGAUGUCUGAUAAUGUUACUUUAGAUAAAAAUGUCAAAGCCGACUGUGAUACGGUAGACUCCAUGAAACAAAGCUCCAACCAAAGUAGUAGGAAAUCAAGUGCUGAUUUCUCCUUUUCUCCGGACACUGAGCAGAAUAGGCAACAACUGAACAUGUUGCAGAAUUCUGCUUCAGCAGAACAGCCCUUAAAUGUUAUGACAAAUCAGCCAACUCUUUUCUCAAAUCCUCCUUACCCUUACAGCUUUCCUUACACCAACCCAACUUCUUCACCUUAUGCACAGGCAAGCUUUACAGGCCAUGGAUAUUUCUCCUACCCACAGUUCAUUCCACAUGGUAUGAUGCCUGGCAGUCAAAGCAGUUUGGCAACACAGUCGGGGAUGUCUCUCCCACUAACAACUGCCCAAAUGACGGCUGCAGAUUCCAGCCCUGUGUCCAGUAAUCCAUUGGUCAGCUCUUCAUCCUCAUCACCGCCACAACCUUGAACAACUUUUCACCAAUUGUCUUUCAUAGUAUUGUUCCAUUAUUAAUUAAUCGAUACAAUAUUGAGGUUUCAUGGUUUACAAGUAUACUAUAGUAUUUGUACUUCAUGAAGGAGGGGAAUACUAAAGAGGAUGAACCACCCCAUUAUUAUUGCUACUUCAGUAGAGAGAUUUACCCUGGUGAUACGGGAACAAAAUGAACCUUUUUCAGGUCAUGGGUGAAUGGGUUUGAUAUUUUCAUGAAAAUGUGUGUUUUAUGUGCAAGACUAAUUGUAUAUUCUCAUUCAACCUGUGUGCAAGAGAUGACUGAAUUUACAGUUAUUAAAAAAUUUUUGUAAGUUAUCUGACAUUUAAAUAUAUCUGAAAAAAAAUAUUUAAUUCAUCGUAUUAAAUUACAGUAUGUACCUUGUAUGUCUGCUUGUUAUAAAUUGUGCAUUUGUACAUCCAAAAGUGCUACACAGCCUUUAAAAAAUAUCCUUUAUAAGAAUGUUUUUGACAGUGCAAUGUAAUGUCCACAAAUUACAAAAAUGCUGUGAAUGCUGUACAUUUUCUAUCAGAAAACACAAAGGUGCAACUUCCAUAGCAGUAUUGUAUGAAAAAGACUAGAAUUAGCAUUGUUAUUGUCCUAAAUGGUUGCCAUGCAAUCAGAUUACUAGAAAUGAUGUCCAGAACAUUGCUCUACUAUUUUCAUUUGAAGAAAUGUAUAUUGCAUUAUUGUCUCUUUUAAUAAGUUUCACCUGUAGAAAAUCUUCUUUUUUUCCAGCAUGUACAGAAAAACAUUGCAAAGGCUUUUGGUUUGAUACAUUCUUAGAAUGGAGAUGUUCAUAAUUGGUUUGACUAUCAACUUUCAUCAUUUUGGCAGAGUUGUAUAUAAAAAUACAGAAGUUGCACUGGUGUUGAGGGUAAAAUAGGAAUUUUUGAGAUUUGAAUAAGGAUAAUGUUAGCACCUAAUCAUCUGUUUGGAUUAGUGAUUUACGAGGGCUUGUAGUGUUUUUAUUGUUUGUUUUUUAUGACUACAUUUAAAAAAAAAAAAGGAGGAAUUGCCAUAGUAAGGGAGUAUAGAGCAAUUCGUAAGAAUUUUCGAUAAUUAAUAUUCUUGUACUGUUCACAUAAACAUUGUAGCCUUAAGAAUAUUGUGAAGUACCAGCAAUUUCCAUUUGUGCAUGCAUCAUUAAAACAUUUCAUAUUUGCUAAAGCAAUCAAACAAAAGUAAAGUUGGUCUCCAGGCGUAAGUUGCAUUUUAGGCUCCAAGAACCCUCUAUACACUGCACACAUAAUGCUCUGAUUCUAUGGUAUUUUUAUGGAGUUCAGUAAUCUGCCCUUAAUUAGACCUCAAAUUUUAUAAAUGGAAAUCUACAGUCUAUUACUCCUUUUGUAGUUAAUGCAAGCAUUCUUAAUGUUCGGAUAGUCCAAGAUAAUUAAACUGAACUUUGCAUUUGCAUGCAUUGUCUUCAAUUAAGUAAACAGUGCUACUUCAAUAACUAUGAAUGUUUUUCCUAGGGGGAUAUGCCACAUACCAUAUGAUGAAAGUAAAAUAUUUAUACAAUACGAUUUUAAUGUCUAAAAGAAAAUUUUUGAUUUUGUGUAUAGAGGGUCCUAAAAAAAGUUAUCUUUAAAGACAUAUUAGAGUGAUGUGAAUCCACGGGUCACUACUGCAUUCUCAUGACAAUUUUUUAAGCAGUUAAUUUGAAUGCAUUUUACACAUCAUGCCUAAGGAAUAAGAAAAACAAACAAAAAGAAAUGACUACUUUAGUGUGCAAGUAUAAAGAAGUAUACGGUAUGUAAAGUGGAUGUAGAUUUAGACCAGUUUUAUGUAACUUGGAUAGCACAAAAAGAAGGGCAAUAAUUAGCUUUUAUGGCAAGUGGGAAAAAUGUGUAAGUUCAUGCAAGCUUUUAAUGUAGCAUUUGAAACUUUUUGGACAAAUGAAAGGGGCAGUUUUUGACUUUUUUCCUAGAAGAAAUAUGUUGACACAAAACUUUUUUCCCCUGACACAGAGGAGUAUUUUUGGCAUUCACAUUUUUAGUUCAUUUGUCACAGUAGAAGUUUUUGGCACCUGUACAUAGAAGAAAUGUAGACAAGUCCUAUUACCUCGGUUUUAUUUAUUUACAGUUUUGAUGUUAACUGCAUGUUGUGAUUCAAAAAAUGAAAAAGAUGGAAAAAAACAGCUUUGACAUCCUCAUUGACCUCUAAGAGAGUGGACACUGUUUUAAUUAUUAAAUUUUAAUUGUUCAAACGAGGAGUUAUUCCAAUGUAAAGGGUUCCUAGAAAUACGGUGCAUUUUCACACAACAUUCAGCUUUGGAUAUAUAUUAGGACGAAUACAAAUUCAACAACUUUUAACCUAUUUUUAACCAGCUAAAAAAGAAAAUCUCUGAUGUACUUUAAAUUUACAUGUACUUCCAAGAAUAAUCUGUAUUCAUAACGAUUUCAAAUAUUGGAAGUGAAAUGAACAAAGAAACAGUUUAUAUCAAGUAACUUUUAUAGACCUUGAUAUUUUGUGCAGGAUGUUCAAAAGUGGCUUGUUUUUGUACUUUUCAUGUGCAGUGUAACUAUAAAUCCAAUUACAUACUAAAGCUGUGAUACUAUAGUUGUACUGCACUGGUUUAUUAUGACUUCAUUCAUAUAGGGUAUUGUCAACCAAACUGUUUCAAUGCUUGACAUAUUUCAGAUAAUUUGAUGUUUAAUUAAUGCCACUUUUUGCUGUCUGGUUUUUUAAGUUUUGUUGCAAUGUUAUAUUUUUAAGAAAGUUGAACAAUGCAAGGUAAAGCUUUUUUGCAGUAAAGCGUGCCGGAAAUGACAAA